UUAGCGCGGUGAAUUUAACAAGAGAAAAUCGUUACGCGCUAUUAUGUGAACGAUCGUCGCUCGUUUCAUUAUUCGCCGCGAAACGCGUGACUUUUCGUACCGUGUAUUAAUAACAAACAAAAGUAAGGGCGUUAUAAGCAAAACAUCGCGCGAAAAGAGCAAGAUAAGAACACGUCCGUCAUCGAUCGUCGCUACCACUUCGGGUCUGUUGUAACAUUUUUCUAUUCCGUUGUCGUCCGGAGAAAUUAUUCUGUCAAAAUGCCGAAAUAUUCAAAAAAGAAGACUUACCAACAAAAUGUACCUUACAAAAAGAAUUUGAAUCGUAACGCCUUGGAUAAUCCUGAUAUUAUCCAGAGUAUCAUAGACAAAGCUGAAAUCAAAUCAACCGAUAUCGUUUUGGAACUCGACCCUUGUGGUGGAAAUUUAACUGUAAAAUUGCUGGAAAGCGCUAGCAAAGUUAUCGCCUAUGAAGUCGAUCCAAAAUUGUUUGCCGAAUUACGGAAACGCGUGACGGGUACGCCGAUGGAAGAAAAAUUACAACUUUUAAACUGUAAUGUUGUCCAAUCGGAUCUCCCUUUCUUUGAUUUAUGCAUUGGCAAUGUUCCGUUUCAAAUUGAUUACAAAAUGUUAGUCAAACUCUUAUUGCACAGGCCAUUGUUUAGAUGUGCAAUUCUUUUGUUUCAUAAAGAAUUUGCUGACAAGUUGGUUGCAAAACCAGGAGAUGCAAAUUACAGUAGACUUAGUGCGAGCAUACAAUUAUAUGCUAGUGUUCAGAUGUUGAUGAAUGUUAAAAAAAACAAUUUCAAACCUCCAGCAAAAGUUGAUUCUUGUGUCUUAAAAAUAGAACCAAAAAAUCCGCCACCGGAUUUUAAAUACGAAGAAUGGGAUGGACUAACAAGGAAGCUUUUCCAUAGAAAAGAAAAAAAAUUGUCGGUACUUUUUAAAGAAGCAACAGUUUUGACUGAGAUGAAUAACACUUAUACAAAACAUUGUCGUACUAAUAACAUUCCUAUUCCGGACAAUUUCAACAUAAAUGAAAAGGUAGAUCAAAUUUUGACUAGUAAUGAAAUAUCUGAAAUGUGCCCUCGUACAAUGGACACUGAUGACUUUAUUAAAGUUUAUACUGCAUUGAAAAAUGAAGGAAUUUUCUUUUAUUGGUAUCUUUAAAUGUUUGUCAUAAAAUAGUGUGAGUAUAAGAUAGAUUUAUUAGAAAAUAAAUCAAAUUUUUAAUUUUCA